AUCCAUUUAGGGGAGAGGUGCCCCCUACUCCCUGACACUACAUAAAACGCUAACAGGCCGACUGCGCUAAGAGCCUGACACGAUCCCCAUUCCCAUUCCCAUCCCCAGCCCUCGUCGAUAUGGUUGCCACCCUCAGCUUUACCGGCGACACCCACUUCGAGGUCAUCACCGUUUUGGCAAAUUGCGGUACUGAUACCGUUCGGGCGCGACAGGCUCUAGUAACAUGGAUUCAACGCAAGCAGCACAAAGGCAGGUCAACGGACCACAUUCUCACCAAAUUGCGCCAGCUUGAACAGAAGUUCAUCAAAGACUGUUCACUGCAUGACGCUUUCCGCGAAGCCAGGGCAGUAACAUUCCUGCCCAGGUCCCCCGAUCUCCCUCUUCCGGACUUCGUCAAUAAACGCCACUCGUAUUCCUCGACGCGAUCGUCAGAGAGCCCAGUUAUCGACGUCACUCGCGGCGAGAACUCACGUUAUAGCCCGGUUUCUUCUCCUCAAACUCCCAGCUUCCUAACUACCUCUUAUAAUCGCUUCUCUCCUUCAUACUCUGAACGCAGACUUGAUCCAUAUGCCGAGGAGCCUGAAUCACCAUCUACUUCAGAUAAUCCCCCUUCCCCCGGAGGCAGCCAGAGUCCGUUUCAUUCCAGCCCAUAUGCCAAUCAUUCACCGACGGUUUGCACGCCAUAUCCUUUGGAUGCAGUUCGCAGUACAAGGAAGCCGCCGACCCUAUCCCCUCCUUCCCCCACGAUCGUUCCCCAACGCCAUCGUUCUGCUUCCAACCCUGUUCCCCCUGCUCCAAUCAUGACCCGCCGCUCAAUACCCCCCCUAAACCGUCUUUCUGAGCCAUCUAUUGCUUUACCCCCCACUCCUCGCCCUGCUCCAACACAGCCUGUUCCUCAGUCUGCAUGCUCAUCAGCUGCUAGUUCUACGGUUUCCUUGGCAUCCCCAGUAUCCCCAAAUCCUCAACCAUAUAAUGACAGUGGUUUAUGCAUGCCGUCACCACUGCCUUCUUCCCCUUACUCCUCUAAAGAAUCUUUCACGACAGUUACCGACAUCGAACGAUACAUCCCUUCCGAUAUUGACCUCACAGGGGGAGACUGCUUCCCGAACUUCAGGGUUGUUACGCGGUCGGACAGCCCCCUCCACGGCGAAGCAAGCCGCAGCCGCAAUAGUACUGUCGGUACUUCCCCUCCUUCGUAUGCGGAUGCAGUGGCUCAUCUGCUGUCGGAACACGGAUGGGAGAUAGGGCCCCGGCUUGAAAAGGCUCUCAAAAUAUGUAGUGCCUCCUUGGCCGUGAAGGAACAGGUACUCAAAUGCCUUCGCUCCGAGCCCGGAUGCGAUCCUCCGCAUUGGCAGAGUCGACUGAGGGAAUGCGAUCUCAAUCCCGAGGCCGUCGAUUUCAUCGUGGAUGAGAUGUGUAGGGAGCUGGAGGACGUACCCGGGAGAGCGCUGUGAUGAUUCUCUUUCUCGCCCAAACAGGACCGGAAAAAAAAAAGCGAAAAAAAAAAAGUUGCCAC